UCCUCUGUUCAUGGUAUAGAUGAAACCCUGAUGAUAAAUGUUCUAUGUGGUGUUCUUUCGGGAGUAAUUUCAUCAGCUAUUGCCAACCCUACAGAUGUCUUAAAGAUCAGAAUGCAAGCCCAAGGUAGUAUGAUACGAGGAGGAAUGAUGGGCAACUUUAUACAGAUCUACCAAAACGAAGGCACCAAAGGAUUAUGGAAGGGGGUAUCCCUUACUGCGCAGAGAGCAGCUAUCGUUGUUGGAGUGGAGCUGCCAGUAUAUGACCUCACCAAGAAGCACAUAAUCAUGUCUGGAUUUAUGGGGGACACAGUGUAUACUCACUUCCUCUCGAGUUUUACUUGUGGGCUAGCUGGAGCCAUAGCGUCGAACCCGAUCGAUGUUGUGAGAACGCGCAUGAUGAACCAGAGCUGGCAAAAUGGGGCACACUCCAACUACAAGGGUACUCUGGAUUGCUUGCUACAAACAUGGAAGAAUGAAGGCUUUUUUGCCUUAUACAAAGGAUUUUGGCCAAACUGGCUGAGACUUGGUCCAUGGAAUAUCAUUUUCUUUCUGACAUAUGAACAGCUGAAGAAGUUGGACUUCUGAUGUGUUGAACUGUUACAAAUUCUCAUGCACUAUCUGAAUUUAGAGUAACUUAAAUUGCUCUUGAGUAUCUUCUCUUAGUGCCUGAG